ACAAAAGAGCCACAAACUGAUACCGACACCAUCAACAAUUGUGUAACACGAUGGUAGUUGCAUACCUAUAUAUGUUUUAUAAUGGCCGUCAUGAAUAAUUCUAACCGUAGUGACGUUUGUGUACGGGGUUUCAUAUAUUUUAUAUUCGAAACUAGUUAAUAAUGUUAAUCGUGUCGAGUCACAUUAACAAUAUCUUGAGCUGGAUCAAUAAACGAGUCGAAAAAAAUAUGUUUUGUAAUAUCAAAGUGUUGUAUUGUAAAUCUCGUCUUACUCAACGGUUCGGAAAUUAUAUUUGAAAAUAAAUUUUCUCAGUUGUACUCGAAAUUGAAAAUACAAACAUUAUGAAAAAAAUGUCAUGCAAUAACUUGUUUUAUUAUUGCGCAAUUAGCGCCGACGUAUUUUCCUGAUAAAAAAAAAAAAAAAAAAUCAUGACAAUAACGUUCUGUCGAACAAUCUAAAAAAGACAUGGAACCCACAUCGGAGCUUCUGUGUCUUCUAUGCACAGCAAGAUUGGAGUUAACGACUUGUGUGAACAUUUUUUACACAUCGUUACCUCGGAACGGGAUGCAACUUGUUAGUUUUAUUCUCCAAGUAUUAAACUGCAUUGAAUCUGAUUUACGCAGUUCCCACGUAUGCUCCCAAUGCUACCACAUGUUCCAAAUAUUGGAACAGGCGCAAUGGACAGUAGCAAAUAUUAGAACUGAGAUAUUGAAAGUAUAUGAAUCAAGUAGCAAGCAGAGUGACAGUAAGACUGUUAGAAGCGACGUUGCGAGUCUUUUCGAAAUAGGUGAUAAAUGUUUGGCUGGGAACUUGAAUCAGGCAAACAAAUUCAAAACAUCAAGCAGUCCAAACCAAGUGAAAACUUUAUCUGUAUUGCAAAAAUUGAGUAACGAUGAAUGCUCGAUUAGUCAGUAUGAUUUAGCUAACGGUUGUAAAGAAUCUUUGAUUCAUAGUGGUGAAGUUUUGGAUCUUGAUAAAAAAUUUGGUCAAUGUGGAGCAAAGAUCUGUACCAAAAGUAUAAAUAUAAAUGUACGGAGCGAACAAAAUGUAAAAGCGAAACGUAAAAAUCAACUCAAAGGCGCUGUGGCGAAUGUUGUAAGACAUGUCAAUAGUUUUGACAAUAUUCUGAAUGAUGAAACAGCAGGUGAAACGAAAAAAAAAGAACAAAAUGUUAAUUGUUUAUCCAGAAAUGAAGUAACAUUCAAUCUAAAUAGACAAGAAAAAAUGGCACUGUAUACUCAUCGGUGCAAAGUAUGUGGCAGGUUGUUUAAAUAUGCGAACGAUCUUUGUUUGCAUUCAUUGAAGCACGGAGAAUCGAAACCUUACAAGUGCAAAAUUUGUAACAAAGUAUUUUCAAGCAUAUCUGAAGCUAAUACUCAUGUAGUUAAAGAACAUCCACGGAAUAAAGAUGCCAUUGACAUUGUACACGAGCUCUUAGAGUCAAAUAAUGACGAUCAUGGAAUAUUUCCCGAGGAACUCCUCGGAAUGUCGGAUAAUGAGGAACAAGAUGAUUUUGAAUGGAAAGAAGUUGUUCGCAAUGCAGAAAAAAUAUACGAACACGAACAUGACAUAUCAAAGAACAACUCUGUGGAUAUGCUGGAUGUGCCUAAAGAGCUUGCCCCUAAUUCGCAAGAAAUAACGUACAAAUCUCAUAGAAUAUCAAAGUAUAGCUUAAAGCCAUUAAAAUAUCCUUGUCCAACUUGCGGAAAGAAGUGGAGAACGUCAGCCGAGUUAAAAACCCAUAUGAAAUCACAUUCGAGUCUGAGACCCUACAUGUGUGAAAAGUGUGGUCAGGCUUACAAGCACAAACACGCAUUGGAAAUCCAUGUCGGUAUGCACAAUGGCAUUAAUCCGUUCCAAUGCAGUUUUUGCAACAAAUGUUUCACUCAAAAGGGAGCUUUGAUGAGACACUUGCCGAUGCAUACGGGAGAAACGCCUUACCAAUGCGAACUAUGUGGAAAACGUUUCGUCCACCAUACUUCGUACAACAUGCAUGCACUUUCGCACACUGGGAAAAAAUCCUACCAAUGUCACGUAUGUGAUAUGUCUUUGCUGUCGACUUCUCACUUGAAACGUCACAUGCGAGUACACACUGGAGAAAAACCGUUCAGUUGUACUCUAUGUGGAAAACGGUUCGCCGAACGAUACAACUUGUUCGCGCACCAGAAGAUUCAUGACCCAGCUGAGAUACUGGCUAAAGAAACAAAUAAAAUGCAGUACAAGUGUGAACAGUGUGCGUUAUUAUUUGAUAAGAAGCAGACACUGGACGAUCACUUGCGACAUCAUCACCACGAAGUAACUGAUGAUACUAGUAACAGAAAGUGGGGAGGGAACGAAAAUGACAUUGGAACAGCGACAUCAAAAUUAUUUACAUCACAAAUGGAGAAUGAAAUUGAGAAUACGAUUAAAGUAGACGUUUAUGAUAAUAGAAUACUCGACGAAGCAUGGCAGCAGGUGAACUAUACAAAAUUGCAAAAUAUCGAUAGUGACCCGAAGCUACCGCAAUCACAAAGUAAUUUUCAAGUUGGCCCAAACCCGUUGGCGAUAGUCUCUGAAAAUCAUAAAAUGUUGAUCGAUAUAGGCUGCAAUCGGAAUGUAAUUACAAACAUGGGCGUUCCUAGUGGAAAUCAAAUCUAAACUGUCAAAGCACUGAAAUAGUAAUGGGUAUAACUGUUGUGCUAGCAAUUUCCAAAAAUAAUUGCAGUUUACGAGCACAGUUAUACGAACAUCCAUAGCAUUAUGCGCUGCUUAUCAAUGUACUAGACUUUCGUAAAACAAUGUUUUUCCUAGGGUAGUAAUGCUCAACAUAUCUUUAUUUUGAUAAAAAAAAUAUACAUAUAUACAUAUAUAUAUAUACCUAUACUCGAAAAUUUUUUGAAUAAUGAAAUGGGAAUCGACACUCCGUAAGAUACAACAAUAAAUAAAAGAAGUAUAGAAAAUAAGACAAUAAUUGAUCUAGUUUGCGAGAACUUUAUCACUUUUGACUGUUUACAUAGUAAUCAAGUCAAUUAUGCAAAGAUAUAUUAUAUUAAUUUAUGCAUAUCGUAUCAAAUACGAAUAUUUAUAUGCAAAAGCAUUGCCUUUAUUCAGAUUGAAUAUGACUGAAGUAUUUUCAUCUCUCUACACGGGAAAUGUCAUACCCUAUAUUUAACACAUGAUUUUUCGCAGCAGAAGUAUUGAAAGAGAAUACUAACUCUGAAUCAGGAUCGUUUGAUACUUUUCUUUCAGAUGAUCGCUCCGUAUGUAAAACUAUAGUACAAAAUUUGUAAUUUCCCAAUAUUAUAAAAGUGAAAGGAUACACAUGACGUACAUAAAAUUGGUAUAUUCCUUUUUAUCUGUGUUCGUAUUUAUAUUUAUUAAAGUACGAAUAUUACACUAAUUUCGUAUUUAUAUUUCCCUCAUUGAUACAGCAGACACUAUUUAAGAAUUUAUCAAUAUUGAUGCUGAAAAUCAAACUUUAAUUGGAUAAUACCACA